AUGGCGGCGGCGGCGGACGGCGGCGUGGCCCGGCAGGCGGAGCUCCGGCGCGCCGAGGGCAACGCGUGCUUCCGCAAGGCCCGCCUCGGCGCCGCCAUCGACUGCUACACCGAGGCGAUUGCGCUGUGCCCCGGCGUCGCGGUCUACUGGGUGAACCGGGGCCUCUGCCACUUCCGCCGCAAGGACUGGGCCAGGGUCGAGGAGGACAGCCGGAUGGCGCUCGCGCUCGACGACGCCUCCGUCAAGGGACACUAUCUGCUAGGGUGCGCUCUGCUCGAGAAGGAGGACUGCGCUCUCGCCGUCAAGGAGUUCGAGAAGGCUUUGGAUCUCUUGAAGUCUUCAAAUUCAAGGGACAAAAUGGCGGAGGACAUUUGGCAGGUUCUUGCCAAGGCCAAGUACCAACACUGGGAAAAGCACUCCACUCAGCGAGUUUGGAAGAUGCAAAGUUUAAGGGAAGCUUGUGAAAAUGCUCUGCAGGAGCAUCACUUUCUUAGCGGUACUCUUUCAGAAGACUCUGAGGGGACAACCAAUGAGUAUCCAGAGCAAUGCAAAUUGUUAUCCGAAGUCUUCACAAACGCUAUACUUGCUGAUACGCCAGGAGAUGUGCCCGACUACCUUUGCUGUCAAAUAACUUUUGAGAUUUUUAGAGAUCCAGUUAUCACACCCAGUGGUGUAACAUAUGAGAGGGCCAUACUGCUUGAGCAUCUCCACAAGGUGGGUAAUUUUGACCCGGUGACACGGGAGCCCUUGAAGGAGCAUCAGUUGGUUCCGAAUCUCGCCAUCAAGGAAGCAGUGCAAGCCUACCUCAAGGAGCACAGCUGGGCCUACAAGACGAACUGA